CCCAUGGCAAGGAAGCCAGCAUCAACCUGACCAACUCUCAUCGCCUACACCAUCAACCGCCCGUCACCACCGCCACCGCUACAACACAGCAACAUCAGCAAGGCACGUUCAAAGAAAUACACCAAACCAUGUCCAAGAAACUUGCAGCACAGGCACUCGAUGCCCUACUCAAUAGUCAGCCCAAUAGCACCCUUUCAAAACGGAGUUCUUCAGCAGUGGCGGAGGGUGGUAUCAAGAAAACCCGAAAAUCGAAGAAGAACAAAAACGAUGGUUUGCCGGCGACCAAGACAGGAUUGAAGAAGAUUAAGCAUGAAUUGAGAUACGGACAUUCCGUCAAGAGAUCACAGGAAGAGAAGGAGGCCAAAGAGAACCCAUUGGAUAAAUUGAAGUCGCAGAUGGAAAAGGAGCAGGCAAUUGUCGAGAAGAACUUGAACUAUUACAAAGCUACGAAUCGGGUGUCGAAGAAGGAACUCGAGCUGCGCAAGAAGAUCAAGAUGCUUCGCGAGAAGGCGAGGGGUGAACAGAGCAGGAAGAUAGCCGUAGAACAGGAUGAGUCCGAUGGCGAGGACUUCUAGGUCCUUCUUCAUCUUUUCUUCAACAGCUUUCAUUAAAAAAAUGCAUCCACAAUAUAACUGAUUCUUUUGCCACCAACUUUUAAACAUCGGUG